GUCGUUGGUCUAGUUGUGGGAUGCAUUAAUACUUUGACUCAAGCCAGCUUCUGGAUAUAAGUCGACACAUCUUGGACUGGGUCCCUGCUCGGGAGGUUCAUGAGUUUUGAUAGCAUGUGUGUCUCGGCGUUCUCGGUCCUUGCUAUCUACUUUAUAGAGGCAUCUUCGAAGCCUUCAAGUUAUUUGAUCACCAUAAUCCAUGUAUUCCUUCAUUCAGCCCUCCCGUGCCUCAGCCCCCUCAUUAACCUUGUUGACCACCGGCUGGUUGUUGCUGUGCACGCGGAGCAUGGUCAUCUUCAGACCUUGGGGAGGGCGUCGGCCUCGAAGGAGGACGUGACGGGGGGAUCGGCGGAAGGGGAGAGGAACAAGCUGGUGUUUGUGAACGGAGGGGGAGGGGGUUACAGAUUCGAUCUGGAGGACCUGCUGAGGGCGUCGGCGGAGGUGUUGGGGAAGGGGAGCGUGGGGACGAGCUACAAGGCGGUGCUGGAGGAGGGGACGGUGGUGGUGGUGAAGAGGCUGAAAGAUGUGGGGGUGGGGAAGAGGGAGUUCGAGGAGGAGAUGGAGAAGCUGGGGAAGAUGAAGGACGAGAACGUGCUCCCUCUCAGAGCUUUUUACUUCUCCAAAGACGAGAAAUUGUUGGUCACUGAUUACAUGCCUGCUGGUAGCUUAUCUGCUCUUCUUCAUGGGAGCAGAGGGUCCGGGCGCACACCCCUAGACUGGGAGAGCCGGAUGAACAUAGCGCGAAGCACAGCCAGAGGCAUUGCAUAUUUGCAUGUCACAGGCAAAGUCACCCAUGGCAACAUCAAAGCAUCAAACAUCCUCCUCAAGCAAGACAACUCCGCCUGUCUCUCAGACUUUGGGUUGAACAAUCUCUUCUCCACCACCUCCACACCUCGGGUUGCGGGCUACCGUGCACCCGAGACCGUUGAAACCCGAAAACCCACUUUCAAGUCCGACAUAUACAGCUUUGGGGUAUUGAUACUUGAGCUCCUAACAGGAAAAUCCCCAAACCAGGCUUCACUAGCCGAAGAAGGCGUGGACUUGCCCAGGUGGGUUCAGAGUGUUGUCAGGGAGGAAUGGACAGCUGAGGUUUUCGACGUUGAGCUUAUGCAGUACCACCACAAUGUGGAAGAGGAGAUGGUACAACUACUUCAGGUGGGAAUGUCGUGCGUUUCUCUGGUCCCAAACCAAAGACCAGACAUUCUUGAUGUCCUUAGGAUGAUCGAGGAGAUCAAUGGUAGAGGUGAUGACACACACGAUACGUCGAAAGGGCCCCACAACCAAACAACGACGACACCGUAACCCCCCCAAUCGCAUUGGCAUUUAUUUAUAUUUAGAGGUAAAAUGUGUGAGAAAAUUAUUAUUUGAGAGAGAACAUGGUUAUAAGUUGUUGACUGUACUUUGAUCAUUUGAUGUAUUGGCUGGUUGUUCUUUUGUCACCUUAUUCUUUUUGUUUUUCAAAUAUUGUAUGAUUGGAGAAAGUGAUGCAUCUUGGUGUUGCAUUUGGCUUUUUCCAUGUAUUGUGUAACUAGUAAUUGGGUGCCCACUAAAGUCUACAUUACCUA